GGUUCUUCACAUAAUCAUACUUUGCCAGAUCUGUAUUUCUGCUUUCAUAUAUUCACUUGUCGUAUUUUCCCGCAAUUACACCCACUGCAAGAUUCGAGACAUUGAGGAUCAGUGAUAUUUUCUUUCACAUGGCACUUGGGCAAGCUCUCCUUACCAAGCCCCCAAGGGUUCAGCAACCACAAACUCAGGUACGGGAGGUUUUGCAAAGCAAGAGCUCUACUAGGAGUCUGGAUCAGCAACUCAAACUUGAGCAAAGCUUAGAAGUUGUUCAGACUUUGCUUGGAGCCUCGAUUGGUUGUCUCUCAUUCCUUCGAGGCCUUCUUCCAGAAGAAUGUUUUGUGGAAAAACGUUACGGAGGCAGCUCCUCAACUGCAGUUAGUUAUCGUUCAUUUACGAGUGACCUUGACGAUGAAGCGUUCUUCAAGAAGGGCAAUAACGGGACUCGCAUCAAGAGGCUGAGAAGAGGGUAUUCAUGCGAAGCAGACCAACUCCUUGAUUGGCUUGAAAUCGGGAUCUUUGAUGCCCUUCGCCGAGGCUAUCUCAAGGCAGUCCAGCUAGCAAUAUACCCCGAUGAUAAACACCCCGACACCGUGGUGGAGUCGUACACCUUCUCCUUUACCUAUCGUGAAAAGGAUGAUGGACCCUCCAUUAGCCUUAAGGUUACAGACAUGCAUGGACAUGGUGUCACCGCCAACGAUGCAAAUAAAAACCUCCAGCUAAUGAUCAGAAGACUUAUAGUCAUUACUCAGAAUCUCCCCCCGCUCCCUGACAAGCGCUGGCUCACCAUUCGCCUGCAUUACCUGGACGGGACCCCUAAGGAUUAUGAUCCGCCAAACUUUUACCGACUCUCACCCACUGCAUUCCCCCUCAGAAUCCGUGAGAACGAAUCUAAGGCAGUUGAAAAACUCGACUGUGGUGAACUGAAUGCUGGAUAUCAUACUGUUGCCCUUAAAGUAUCUAGCCUGAGCGAAGUCGAUCCGGAGGAACGGCCGAGGCGACGGCGAGGCUCAAGGUUUAUCACCAUGGACACGGACAUAGUACAACCCCAUUUGAGGUCUGGUAGGUCGUCUGAGGAUGAAAAAAAAGGAUCAGACACCCACAGAAUACCCAACACAAAUGAAGGGUCUCCAGCCAUCAUCUCUCCGCCCUGUGAGGUCGGAUUUGUGGAAGAGCGGAGAGUAGCUCCAAAUACGAGCCAUAACACCCAGAUGCCACCAAAAUCCGGCCCAACUAGCCGACUACCUGGACGGGAAACACAAGAGAGGUUGGCUAUUCGAGGAAUGCUUGUGCCAUCUGAUCGAGGUAGCGAGAUACCUGAAACGCAGCCUUGUAAUCUCGGUUUUGAGCAAACUCAAAAUCCGCCUGUAGAGUGCUCCCCCCGACCUUCCACCAAUACUGACACUCGCCUUCGACCGGAAAAUCUAGCCACACAACCGCAGAAGCCCCCGAGACCCCCUAGGGCCGACAAACAGGCAACUACAGCCGACUCGAGGCAAUUACCUGAGCAGCGGAUCUCAUUAAGAACACUUACUGGGAGACACCUCUCUAGACCUCAAGAUGUAUCAGCAACGAUACCGUCAACAGACACCAACCUCUCCGAAGAGGCGCCUUCUAAGAUAUAUAAAUUGAAGAUGCUCGACACAAAGAAGGCAGAAUUGGUGAAGAACAAGGUGAUCACUGAAGCUAAAGGAAAGGGGGUUACGAGAGCAGUGCGGGCGGACGACCACCAAAUUGUGUGUGAAUGCGGUAGUAAAGAAUUAUCGGAGGAUAUGAUAUGUUGUGACUUGUGCGAAUGUUGGCAGCAUACGGAAUGCUAUGGGUUUACCUCGACCCAAGACCCACGCAUCCCGGAUAAUCAGGUUUGCUAUUCUUGUCUUCUUUCCAAGUUUGAGGAAAGGCUGCUAGAAGAGAUGCGUGGGUUGGCGUUGUUUCGAAAAGCUGUGAAACUUGUUUGGGACAAGGGCUCUUUUCCAGCGACUAACAGGGCUUUUUCAAAUGGUCUUGGGUGUGACCUACCAACAGCAUCACAGAUUACAAGGCGCCUUUUAGAAGAAGGAUUCAUUGCACAAAUUUCUACUACCCGUACCGGGCGCCAAAAGAAAACCGUGAAUGGGAGCCCCGUCAAGUAUCGGGUUGUCAAGACACCCGAGAUGGCGAAGAUAAAGGAAGUCCAAUACUUUGAUCCGCUAGUCAAGAUAUCCCACCACUUUGAAAACCCCAGCCCUCCUGAGAACCUGCACAAGCCUGUUCUAAAAGACACUCCGGCCGUGAAGCUUUCAGAACCUCCCGGAUACGAUGAAAGUGGGGUCGAAGAUAGCCAAGCGUUUGAGAGUCACUUCGAAGAGGCUAUUGUGAUUUCGGAAUCAAACCACGGGGUGCCGGAGCGACCAGCAGAUAUGGACUCUACGGCUGACGAAGAGGAGCUCCCGAGAUCCAAUGCAUAUCAAACCGAGCCAAAUUCCACCAUACCAGCACACGAAACUAGCAAGACAAGCAGUAGGGUUACAUCCAGCUUUCCGCACAAAAGCAUUGGCCAAAGUUCGGCAACACCAGAGAUGAUUCAGGAUCCGCCCGAGGCUCCAAGUCAGCCCAGGGUCAAUGUUAGUGCGGUUUCUUUCGAUGUUUAUGUUGGAUAUGACAGUGAAGGAUAGGUUGAAUAAUCACUUGCGGUAUAUCGCCUAAAUUUCCUUUCUCCUUCCCCUAUCGCUCCGGAAGUAUGCAUGUGCUCUGGUACUCUGAGAGAGACCCUCACGUUUGUCUUGCAUAGGCCGCUCGAGGCGGUGAUAUAUCAUCUUGCGCUUGUAGUUCUCCCCUUGUGGAUUUUUUUUAAAACCCCCUGGGUUAGAUGGAGUAGCUUGAUUACUAUUUUAGUGGGAUGGAGGCCUAAAAUGCCGCCCACUCUUUGGGAAGAACCGAGAUCAUGAGAAAUGUUC